AUGUUGUAUCAGAACGUAAUAUUUUGGAUCCCGAUUUAUCUAUUAUAUGUUGGCAGCACCACUACUGUACUGGCAGCCCAGCAAAGACGCCGUCCCUUCGAAAUACGAUUUCAUAAUAUUGUGUGUAAUGUUUCGGCCGGCAUCGCACGCGACAUACAUUGUGAUGUGACAAAAUUCGCCACCAGCAGAUAUCACGUCAAUGCCGAAUUUACGCUGCAAAAAGAAUUGCCCAGGACCGCCUUUGCUGAAAUGUUGAUAACUUUCCGAUAUGUCGGCGAUACGAGAAUACGGAAAUUUCUGACAAUGAAAAUGAAUAUUUGCGAUAUCCUAAGUCACAUCGAUUCAUUUCCCCUGAUACAAAUGAUAAUGCGUUCGUUAACCAGUUCCAGUAAUUUGCCGCUAUCGUGUCCGGUAAAGGUGAAUUUUACAUACAAAAUUAAGGACCUGCCCGUCACCGAUGCCUUUUUCCCACCCUACACGCAGACAAUUGAUUUCAAUUUUACUUUGAAUUUUAUGAACAAAAAGACAUGGUUGGCUGAAUUUCGCCUGGAAGGAACCACGUUAAGGGAUACAAAAAAGGGCUAA